GAUAGGCGCGAACGUGUACGCAUGCUCAGUCGGCCGCCUUCCCGCUCCGAUGGGCGGAGCGAGCCUGUGAGGGGACGUUAAGGUUGGGUCAUGGGCGCUGGACCCCUUCCCCACCGUCACCGGCACCACCACUCCUGAACUAGAGGAAGUCGGCUUCUGUGAGCAUCUCACUACAGGAGCUGUACAUUUACAGAAGACGAUGUCUGGAAGCUUCUACUUUGUAAUUGUCGGCCACCAUGAUAAUCCAGUUUUUGAAAUGGAGUUUUUGCCAGCUGGGAAAGCAGAACCCAAAGAUGAACACCGACACCUGAACCAGUUCAUAGCUCACGCCGCCCUGGACCUGGUUGAUGAAAACGUGUGGCUGUCCAACAGCAUGUACUUGAAAACCGUGGACAAAUUCAAUGAGUGGUUUGUGUCAGCUUUCGUCACUGCUGGGCACAUGAGAUUCAUCAUGCUUCACGACAUGAGGCAAGAAGAUGGCAUCAAGAACUUCUUCACCGAUGUCUAUGAUCUGUACAUCAAGUUUGCCAUGAAUCCCUUCUAUGAGCCCAAUUCUCCUAUUCGGUCAAGUGCAUUUGAAAGAAAAGUUCAGUUUCUUGGAAAGAAACAUCUUUUAAGCUAAACGCAGAAAACUUCAGAAUCACAGUGGGGUCUGCUCAGGAGUGUAUGCAUAGGAAGUAACUUGAGAAAACAGCCUGGCAAAACUUUACAUGUCUCAACUUAUCUUUAUAUCAUAAAAUUUCCUUUAUAUGUAACAAAUCUCUUUUUUUCAUGUUAGUUAUCAACGUUAGCAUUUGCUUGUAAAUAAAGAAUAAACCUCUA